AUGACUGCGAGCAUCGAAAGGCACUGGUUGCCAGGCCCUAUCUCGACCAAAACAGACCUAUGCCUCCUUUCGCUAGAUGGUGGGGGUGUUCGCGGGAUCUCCAGCCUGUUAAUCCUGAAGAGGCUUAUGGAGGGUAUUGACCGAGAGAACCCGCCUAAACCAUGCGACUACUUCGAUAUGAUCUGUGGCACUUCCACCGGAGGGCUCAUCGCUCUGAUGCUCGGAAGAAUGCGUUUAAUAGUGGAUCAGUGUAUCACAGCCUAUAAGGAACUAUCGCCGAAGAUCUUCACCAAAAUUCACCAUCGUAUCAACCUAUUGAAUGGAGAAACACAAGGGCGUUUCGACCAUACUGCCUUGGAGAAUGGAGUCCGGGAGCUUCUUAAGGCAUAUGAUAUGGAAGCCGAAUCAUUGCUGAAAGGCCCAGACGAGGAAAAUUCAUGUAAGGUAUUUGUAUGCGCUACCAGCCAACAAACUGGUCGAACCGCCAUUCUUUCUAGCUAUUAUAAUGAACGAAGGGGUGCCGAAUUCUUAGAUAAAGCGACAAUAUGGCAAGCCGCACGGGCAACAUCUGCUGCUACAACUUUCUUUGACCCUAUCACGAUCGACGACGAGACUUUUGUUGAUGGAGCGACAGGGGCAAACAACCCCACAAACUUGCUAUGGUCAGAGGCAGGGGAUAUAUGGGGUCAUGGCAGUGGAUUGGGUCUCGCCAAUGUCAGGUGCCUCGUAUCAAUAGGCACCGGAGUUCCAGCCCUCACCUCAUUUGGUCCCGAUUUACCGGGACUCAAGUCGGCUCUACAGGCGAUUGCUACGGAUACGGAACAGACAGCGAACAGCUUCCAGCGGGAUCAUACAGAGCUUUUUCAGAAAGGAAAAGCCUUCUGA